AGCGCAGAAUUGUGGGAUAUCAAAGGCAGCAAAGGAUACAUCUAUGCUGCCUUCAAAAUUCGAUCAGAAGAAGGUACCUUCGGAGACAGGAAGUGAAGCAGAAUUUGGAUCCGGACGUGCCUUGAUGCUUUCCCGCCUUGGAAUGAGCUAAAAAAGCUUUAGAGCUUUUGGACGCAGCCAAUAUGUAAUUAUUUAUAUAAACAUUAUUAUUUAUAAGUUCAUUGGAAUGGUGUGUACAGGGGAAGAGUACAUGUUAAUUCAAAAACCCAUUGAUCAACCACUAUUUAGAAUAUAGAAAGGUUAGGAAAGCAUACUGGGAUUGUGUUGUUUAUGUCAACUUUAACAUGGCUGACAAGGUGGUGGUGAUGCAGCACCACCAAGUAGGCUAAUUCCUGGCAUAGGCUAUCUACCACUAUCUCUGCAGUGAACAGAUGUGUAACUCUCUCAAAAUACAGAGAAUAAAACAUUAAGGAUUUUGUUUCGUGGUUUAAUAAUGCAAGCAUAAAAGGUUAAAUAUAGAUAGCAUAUAGAGUUAAAUGUAUUUUUUUUCCUUCCUAGAGAAAGAACAUUGGAGCGCGAGCGUCCCGCGCUCUCUGAUUGGUCGAACUGACGUUCUCUUCAAGUUGUCAAAACUACAGAAUUGCGCGCAUUCUCAUUGGACGAAAAGAGUUUCAAGCGGUGCCAGCAGGUAACCGCUCGGCCAAUCAAAACGCCCCUUUCAUGUUGUCCUAGAGACCGUGGUAUUUCAGUCUACGACUUCCUUAUAUUGACAUUUCAGAGUGUGUUAUGAGAUAUAACCGUCUAACUGUGUCAGAGUUUCACUCGGUAGAAUUACAGGAGCUUUUGCUUCGAACGCGGAACUACAGCAACCUGCUUGUGAAACAUUUGUUCUCAGUCGGUUCGCCCGCAGCACUUGCGUUCUCUCGGCCGGGUUUCACUCCAGAGAUGGCUGCGAAAGUGUGUAGAUCGGUCCUCCUCCUGUCCCGGAGCAGCGGAGCCGUAGCCUCUUCUGCUUUUCCCGCAUUCGGUGUCUCCUCACAGCGGCAUCAUCAGAGCACAAGAACGGAGGCGCUGUCCAUUUCCCUUGGAGGUCACCAGACUGUCAGGAGAGCACAUGGUCUGAGAACAGGUGCCAGGUCUGCUCUCUUCUGUCACCCCAGUGCCACUCUGACAGCCCAGGGCUGGAAGGGCUCCCCCUCAUGGCAGGGUCAAAGACUACUGUGUUCACCCGCUGCUACAGAAGACGUUACAGUGGUGUAUCAGAACGGGUUGCCGGUGGUCUUCGUACGUCUGCCGUCCCGACGAGAGCGCUGCCAGUUCACCCUCAAACCCUUGAGCGACUCAGUGGGGGCUUUCCUUCAGCAGCUGCAGGCGGAGGACAGGGGCAUCGAUAGAGUCGCCAUCUACUCUACAGAUGGAGCAAGAAUAGCAUCCUCGACAGGGAUUGACAUUUUACUUAUGGACAGCUUUAAACUAGUCAUUAAUGACACAACAUACCUGGUGCAGCCGCCCAGGAGAGAUCUGCUACCGCACGAGGAAGCGGAGCGACUGAGCGAUGUCAAAUUCUUGGUGCAGCAGCUCUACACCACCCUCCACAUAGAGGAGCAUCAGCUCACCAAAGAGAGAGCGCUGAUUGGACGACUGGAGGACCUCAACUCUCAGCUCCAGCCCUUGGAGAAGGUUAGAGAAGAGCUGAGUAAGAGCGCUGCGCGCAGGACUACAUGGCUGCUGUGGGGUGGGAUGGCAUACAUGGCCACACAGUUUGGCGUUCUGGCACGGCUGACCUGGUGGGAGUACUCAUGGGAUAUCAUGGAGCCCGUCACGUAUUUUAUCACCUAUGGUACAGCAAUGGCUAUGUAUGCUUACUUCGUGCUGACACGUCAGGAAUAUAUUUACCCAGACGCCAGGGACAGACAGUACCUGCUGUUCUUUCAUAAGGGAGUGAAGAGAACACGCUUUGACAUUGAGAAGUACAACAAUCUGAAGGAUGCGAUUGCUGAGGCGGAGUCGGAUCUAAAGCGUCUUCGAGACCCGCUGCAGUUGCACCUCCCUGUCCCGCAAAUCAAUGCCAGCAAGGACUGAUGAGAACCUGAAGCCCUUUCUGCCUCUCUCUCUUACUUCAUUCUCUUCUGCCUCUUUGCGUUUUGUUUAGUGUCUCUUUUUAUCUUUUUGUUUUAUCUCUACAACCUCAAUGAAAAACCAUAUCCACAGCAAGCUUCGUAGUUUUAUUAUCCUUUUUAUCGUUUCUUUUAAUUUGGCAAGUCUAUGCAGAGGAGAGGAGAUACAAUUAAACGAAACGACAAAACUACAUCCCUGAACGGAUGGCGACGACAGAUGCUCUCAUAUAGCAACAGGACCACAGCUACUUCAGACAGGAAGUUGAGACAUUGGGAUUGAACCAGUACAUCGCUAUGAGACAAUGACCCCAGCGUCUUGCAUGGGAAACAGACUCUGAAAUCUAAAAACCAACAGUUUUUUCCACAUUGGAGUACUGCUGAUAUCCUUAACUCUGACACUUUGCAGAAGAGAUUUCGGGAUGUGGUGCUCUUUUCCGUCUCGGAAAAGAUCCAUUUACCAUCAAGCCAGUCUUCUUGUGGCGAAACCCUUUUGAUUUCUUUCUCGCUUCCUUACGGACCUGUUAAGAGCUGAAGACAGAUCUAACAGCUAAAAUAUCACUGUGUGUUCUAUUAUUCCAAAAAAAAAAAAAAAAGAAUCAAAGAAUUUUGGCACUUUUUUUUUUUAAAAGCCAUAUUAUGUUUAUUAUGAUAAUGGAAAAAAAAGAGAGAAAUGAGUAGAAACUUUUCUUCUUCUCAUUAGAUUUUUUUUUUUUUUUUUAACCAUGCCACCAGACAUUACAUAUCUGCAGAUGCUCUGAUAUUUUAUUUUCUGAGAUCCCCAUCAUAAAACGAAGCUCGAAUAUAGCUCCAUCCCUAACGCUGUGAGCCUCUGAUUGUUUUGUUUUUUUCUCUUUAGAAAUAUGAUACACUCCAUCGGUUUACAUGUUGAUGAGAAACGCACAUGCACACUUGUUGCUUGGCAGAUGGAUCCUCUUUGAAGGUCUUCUCUCUUCUCUAUAAAUCUUCUUUUGAAUAUCAUCAAAUGACAUUUUCCCACAGUGCCUCACAGCAUCUGCUGCAGCGUGCUUGUUACGAAACACCUGUUUAUCAGACGCGAUCCAAGAAAAUUACCCAUCGAACGGUCUUUAGGCAGGUCACUGUGUAAAAUGUGAUUUAUUUUUCUGGAAAAAGGUUCCGGACGCGAUCAGUUUCCCAUCAUUCAUGUGGCGUUUUUAGCUGCAUAUAUCUGCCUCGUAUGCCAAGUCUUCUGGAACAUGCAGAGAACGUGUAAUAUAUUAGAUCUAGAAUUAGCGUGUGUUUUGCACACUUCGUGGCAUGCUAUAGAGAAAGAGAGUGUCGCAUCCUUUGUCUAUAUGUGCUAUCUUUAGCCGACAGCAAUGAUUCUAGCUGGGUUGAGCUUGAUCGUCAACAUCGUUUUCAUUGGUUUUGCCAUGCAUUUUCAGUCCAGUUAUUUAUCAUGUGAGAUUAUAUACAUUAAUGCUAUUAUAAAAACAAAGUUCUCUCAAUCAUUUCACUUUGUUUUCCAGAAAGAUGGGCAACCAGACUAUUUGAAUCUAAGGGAUGUGAAAUUGACUUGACUUUUGUUGCUCUCUAACAAAAUGAUCAUAUCAAGACAAGUCUCAAAAUUGGUUUUUGGGCAUUAUGGUGACCCAUAAUCCUGUUGUCUAUUGUGGGUUUGCCCUACACACUCAGACCCCCGUGGAGAAAUGGCUCCGUUGUUCUGUGGCAGCAGUCUGCUCGUUAUUCCCGGUCAUCCAUGUUUGUGCCUGUGGUCGCCAUUUAAGCGUUUUUAAAGCCAUAUUCAUGUUGCAUUUGUGUCUUUAUAGGUGGAAGGGGCACAUAGAGUCUCAAAUCCCCUUAGCAGCAGCUUGUCCAUUCUUACCAUGUGUUUAAAUAUUACACGGUGAGAUUCCAGCCUACAACUCUAACAGAAGGAACAUUAAAGAAAGAGUUCCUCCAAAAAAAAAGUUGUUUCUGUGAAACUCAAAAGGAGAAAUUUAGUAGAAUGUUCUCGCAGCUCAUUUCUAUACAACAUUCAUACUGACCACGGGCGUCGAUCUUUUAAAAAGUCUUCAUUAGUUAAUAUGACUCUAUAUUUCAAGUCUUCUGAAGCCAUACAAAAAUUUUGAGGAACAGAUUGACAUUUUUCUAAAAACACAGAGUUUCAGAGUUGCGAAAUGGGGAAGAUUGUUAGUUCCCGUUGUGAGUUUAUUUAUCCUCAUGUCAUAAGACAUUUAUUUCUUUGAAAUUCAAAAAAAAAAAAAAAAAUUCUGUUCAUCCAUUGAAAGUUCAUCCAAACAAAAUGUUGAUGUAUCAAAAAGUACAAAAAAAAACGUUUGUAUAUCAAGUGGUUUAAUUCAAGUUUUCUAAAGAGACAUGAACGCUUAUGAUGAAGAGAUUUAAUUUAGUCUUUUAUUAAUACUUUGUGCAAUGCAUAUAAAUGGAGCUCAUCAAAUAUGGUAAAAGGAAGCUCCACAUUAUUUGCUUAAAGUGUGAGAAUGUCAAGCAUUCUUGUGUGAUACAAGAACAAACAUAACUGGUAAAAUUAUUGUAAAGUGUUACCAAUUAAUUAUGUUCAUCAUAUAAAGUAAUUGUGUCUCUUGGAUUAAAUCACUUGAUUCAUAUGGAUUGAUGCACCAAUGUUUUAGUUGUGUGGACUUUUUAAAAGAUGAGACGAUGUUAAAAAUAUCCUCAUGUUGUUGUUUUGUAGAGUCUUUAUUGGUUUAGAAUGACAUAAGGGUGAGUGAACUUUUCAAAGCUAUUGUAUGACUUCAGGAGACCUGGAAUAUAGCCUCUGAAUCAUGUAAACUACUUCUUGUUGUUCUUUUUGGAGCUCAACAGAUAUGGUCACUAUAAACCAAGGUUUUAGAAAAAAAGAACUAAGAACUGUGAAAAUUCUUCAAAUUUUCUCUGUUUUGUGUUUAUUGGGAAUAAAAAACCGCAUCGGGUCUGGAAUGACAUUAUGGUAAAUAUUUGGGGAUCAUAAUCCAUGAUUUGGAAUUUGCAUGUCUGGCUAAAAGCAUAAGUGUUGUGAUGGAUGCCCUUUAAGAGUGACGAUUUAUUGUUGGUGAGGAGUUCAGGUCAAUGGGAGUUACUCGGUGUGCUUGAGUGAAUUACCUUGUGAUUUAACACAGCAGCAAGAUCUGAACUGUAGGCGAUUUUAAAAAAUUUUUUUUAAGGAUAACAGCCUGAUAACUGCAUUAUGUCUGACCCAGCUGGUUUCAGAGGAGAUGCUUUUCUCUUUUAUCCGAAUUUGUUUGAAUAGGGUUUAACAGACUGUAUGCCCGAAUAUAAAAUGAAAUUCAAACUGUGGUUCCAUCGCUCUAGAGGUAGCUGAUGGGUACAAGACACAUGCAUAGCUACUAUUGGUCCGGAAACAACAUUGAGGCAUAAUGCUGAACCUAAGCAUUAAUCACCCUAAAGGAAAUGAGAGAUUUGUGACAAUAUGCAGCUGGUGUGAGCUUCUCGCCUCAGACUUCAUGAGUUUUCUGUUCAUGCAUAACCUUUGUCCAUAGCACUCAAAAUCAGCCGAUGCAUCAUAAGCAUAAAAAUAUCCAUUCUUCCUCACUUAUGUGAUCCACAGUCAUAAAUUCAUCUUUUAUAAACGCACUCCAAAGUUAUUUCAGGGCAAAAAGUCAGCCAUCUCACUCUCCAAGAUCCCCAGUACACUUGACAUCCCUUGACCUACUGAACAUCUGUAAGAGGUCUUGGGUCUGGUCAUUAUCUGAUAAGUUGAACUUCUUUUAGUUCAUUUGUAGGGUUUUCUGUUUGUUUCAGGGUUUUUUAAAUAAUAAUAAUAUAUCAAAUAUAUUGAAUCUAUUCUAAAGCGGGUGUUGCAUGAAUGUAUGUUUACAUGGGGAAAUUAUAUAUAAAUGAAUCAAAAAAAGCAAAGAUUAUUAUGAAUGCUGAUUGCAGAUUAACAGACUCCUGGUUCAUCAAGAGUUUGGUUUGUUUUUUUGUUUUUUUCCCCCCCAGCCAAUCCCUCAGCCUUCAUGAUCCAGCAGCAAGCACGCUCUCGGCAGCUGCAAGGUUCUGAUUGGUCAAGGAUCUCCUGUACAUUAUGUCUUGUUUUUAAGCCUCUCUUUGCUCUCUCAAUCUCAAUGCUGCUGCUCGAUCGCUGCAGUGCUGCCUUUAUUCUGAUCUGAGAACAGAGAGUAUGGAAGACCUGACCUUCUCAAACACCCCUCGCUCCAUCCAUUUGCCUGUCUUUCUUUAGCGCCUUAUUAUACUCCCACACUGAUUAUCUUUUAGUUAUGUGUAUUAUUUUAAAGUUUUCUUCAUGUGCACUUAAAACGAAAAUUAUGUUUUGGGGAAAAAAGGUAAUGGGUCAUGCUGAAUGAAAACCAUUUUUCAUAUUCUCUGUUUGUUCAUUUUUUCAUUGGCGUCGGAUGCUGUAAUGUUAGAAGAAUUCAAAAAUGACAAUGUAAAAUCCUGUAUCAUUUAUGAAAUGUGUAUAAAAGAGAAAUGUAAUUCAAUUAUCAAUAAACACUUAUCCAGUU